AGGGCGAGCUUAUCAGUGUCCCGGCCCAGCCCCUGCUCACACACAUAUAUAGGUCAGGGAAGGAGAGCUGGACACCCAGACUGUCAGAGAGCUCCAGAGAGGUCACUCACACCCUUCAGGAUGAAAGCUGUGGUGCUGGCAGUGGCUCUGGUCUUCCUGACAGGGAGCCAGGCUCGGGUCUUCUGGCAGCAAGAUGAACCCCAAUCUGAAUGGGACAAAGUGAAGGAUAUCGCUACUUUGUAUAUGGAUGCGGUCAAAGAUGGCGGCAGAGAAUAUGUGUCCCAGUUUGAAUCCUCCGCCUUGGGCAAACAGCUGAACCUGAAACUCCUGGAUGGCUGGGACACUCUGGGUUCAACCGCUGGUCAACUGCAGGAACAGCUGGGUCCAGUGACUCGGGAGUUCUGGGAUAAACUGGAAAAAAAAGCAGAUGGGUUAAAACAGGUGAUGAACACGGAGGUGGAGGAUGUGAAGCAAAAGGUGCAGCCCUUCCUGGAUGAAUUCCAGAAGAACUGGCAAGAGGAGGUGGCGCUCUACCGCCAGAAGGUAGAGCCUCUGUGCGCCGAGCUGCACGAGAGCACGCGCCAGAAACUGCAGGAGCUGCAAGGGAAGUUCGGCCCUCUGGCGGAGGAGUUUCGCGACCGCAUACGCCAACGCGUUGACUCGCUGCGCGUACAGCUAGCGCCCCACGGCGACAAGUUGCGCGAGGACCUGGCCCAGCGCCUGGCUGAGCUCAAGGACAACCCUACCCUGAUCGAGUACCACACCAAGGCCAAGGACCACCUGCAGGCAAUUCGCGAGAAAGCCACACCCGCGCUGCAGGACCUGACCCAUAGCCUGGUGCCCAUGCUGGAAACACUUAAGACCCAAGUCAAGAAUGCAGUCGACAAGGCCAGCGAGAAGCUGUCCUCCUGGUGAGGCGCCCGCCUCCACUCCCCUCCCCUGCAUUGGCUUUCUUACAAUAAACCUUUCCAAAGUGGAA